GUCGUCCGUGCCGGAUUCCACGACCCCUGGAUCUUUGUUGAACUUGUUUUCUUCUUCUCCUCCUUCGAGAUGGAUAAAGAAACGCCCAGCGCCUUGUUAGAUAAACUAAUUUUAUACGUACCGAAUCUCUACGCAUAUUGCAACGGCAUGGGCCAUUAUUUACUCCAUUCCUAUUACCUUUUACGUAUACUCACACAUGUACACGUAUAUAUGUAUAUCAAUAUUUAUGCAGGAUAUGUAUAUACGUACAUAGGGAUCAGCAAAGUGUGUACCAGAAAGGUGUGUACAGCAUGUAGCUUAGGUUAGGUACCUACCCACAUAAUCCAGGCAGCUCUGUACUUUGGUCCUAUAGGUAUUUUCGGUGCCUUGCUUCUUUCUCUUAC